GUUUUUUCGGGCACAAUGAAAUGAACUUUUGCGCCGUUGUGCGUCACGCGGUUUUUCGGUGAAGACGAGACGCACCGCGCGCACGUGUGACGACGUGCUCUCUCGGCACGUUCCGCGAAACGCAUGCUCGAGGAGAAAGGAACAGGCAGCGGGAACUGGGAAGCGAGCGGGGACGAUAAUAGCCGGGAUACCAUGUGAAUGAUACGUAGAACGCGAAGGGCCGAAACGCUUGUACCCGCGUACUCGAGGGAUUCGUUGGUAAUCACUAAUCGUGCGACAACGACGAAGACGACGACGACGACGAUCUUCUCGAUCGUCAUCCCGACGAUGUCCUCGGGCAGGGGCCCGGCGUCGCCCUCGGGCGGGCCCGUGAUCCGCUCCGGCCACCUGAAGAAGCUCAAGACGAUGAAGAAGAAGUACUUUGUGCUGCGCGGCGAGGGACCCGGCUGCCUCGCCUGCCUCGAGUAUUACGACAGCAAGAAGAAAUUCGAGAACAGGCAACCGCCGAAGCGCAGCAUACUGCUGCACAGCUGCUUCAACAUCAAUAAGCGCGGCGACACCAAGCACAAGCACGUGAUCGCGCUCUACACCAAGGACGAGUGCUUCUGCCUGAUCCUCGACAGCGAGAAGGAGCUGGACGAGUGGCUCAAGGCGAUGCUCAGGCUACAGAGCGGGGACGUGCCCGAUGGGGAACAGCCGCGGCCUACAUUCGAACACGUGUGGCAAGUUACAAUGCAAAAAAGAGGUCUAGGUGCACGAAAGAACAUUCACGGACCCUACAGAUUAUGCCUCACCGAUCAAACUUUAAGUUUAGUUAAGAUUGGGGCACAGGAUAACUCUGAUUCUAUCGAGAUUUCUUUAAAUUAUAUUAGACGAUGUGGAUUUGCGAAUGAUAUAUUCUACAUAGAGGUUGGACGAUCCGCCGUAACCGGAGAUGGCGAAUUUUGGAUGGCAGUCGAAGAUAACAAUAUCGCGCUCAAUAUGUACGAUGUAAUAACGACUGCAAUGAGGAAUUCGAAAAGUAACAAAGACGAAGUUGGGCCUCGCCAGAGAACGCGUAGUUCCUCCGCCAACGAAGCCAGCAAACCUAUAUCCGUUCUUCAAAGACGGCAUACGGGUCAAAAGCUUCAUGGCUUUUCGCCCCUGGAGGAACAGAAGAUAUACAAGGAGCAAGUGGAACCACUGCAAGAGCAGACUGCUACUUCCUCUGUUCUCACACAGUGUAGUCAAUCUCGGAAUACCUCCUCCACCAAUACAGUCACGGCCGUUGCUGGUACCGGGGCUUGGACUACUGGGAUUGCCACGACUAAUGCCAACAGUGCCGGUACCGCUAGACGUCGUCAUUCGGUAGCGAGUCAUCCUCAUUCCGUCAAUAAUUCCCAAUCCGUUCACAAUGUCACAACAGCAACAAAUGCAACUAUGACUACCACUACUGUCACUACCACUACCAUCACUGCAACCACCACUACCAUCACCACCACCAUUACUGCGACCGUCACCGCGACGAUCACUACAACCACAACCGCGACAAUAUCCCAUCAGAGAACCUUGUCGCUGCCCUUAGCUGCCGUUAUUAUCAAUCAAACGCAACCAUCUAAAAGAUCCGUUUUACGGUGUGCUACCGGGCGCGAUCGAUGCGACAGUUUGCCGUCGAGAGCUCGUACUACCAGUGAGGGACAACCGACUACGGUUGUGUUAAGCCAUCCUAGAGGAGCCCAUAUUAUGUCGCAUGUACCGCGACCGCAUUCCAUGUGUGGCCGAGGCCUCUCAUAUUCUCCACCAAUCGCGUCAAUGCCUAUUAGUCCAUCUUCCGACGUCUGUUCGUCGGAUUCGGCCGGAUCAUCACCCUCGAUGGAUGAUUGUGGUGAGAAUAUUUUGGAAGAAAGCACUGUUUCGAGGUACGGGCAUUCCUUGACACCUGACGAGCCUGUAAUCUUAGACAAGAAAGGUGACGACUAUGCCCUGUGGUCGACGUCGCAUCCACAUUUGAAAUACUCGCCAAACUUUAAAUCUCAUUCGCCCUCUCAGAGUUCCUACCAGAGUGAAAUGUACAGCCCCUGUGGAUCGAGUCCAGGUCGUGGAGGCAUAUACAUGCCCAUGAGCCCGGCAACAACGGCCCAUUCGCAUUCCCGUGGAUCAUCCCUUGUGGAGGAAAGCAACGUGGAUGGCUACGUACCGAUGGCACCAGUUGGAGAUGACGGUUACGUCGAUAUGGAUCCUGUAAAUAGUCACAACGGUCACUUUCCGGACGAUAUGUCGCAGAACGAUGGCAGUAGCUGUUCUGUUACGUCUGGCACACCUAGUACGGAUCUGCGGUUUUCUGAGUAUCAUUUGGACAAGGUAACCAGCUUUUUAACACCCGGGGAAGAUCUGCAAGCCAGACCAACCAGAGCUUACUCCGUUGGAUCGAGACCGGAACAAGCCAACAGACAUCGUAAAAACAGGUUGGACAUUACUCCGCAAGACGCCAACAGAGUACGAGCAUUUUCCGUAGGUAGUCGGUCUAAGAGGCCUGAGAUCGGAAGGCUAGCCAAUGUAAUUACUGCACCAUUACCAGCUGGUUCGGAAACCUCGAAUUCGAAGUCGAGUUCCGCGCCGUUGCUGUCGAGCUCUUGGGGACACAAUUCGGGUUGCUCCGGAGCGUCCGAUCGCAUGGAGGAUCUCAUGGAGUUGGAUUUCACGAGGCCCAGUAUUCCAACCGCUCUCUCUUCGCCUCCGACAUCAUGUUCCCAACCUCAGUCGCAACCGCAACUGUACUCUACUUAUUCUACUGCCACCGACACUAGUUCCUACGUCGACAUGUCGCCCGGACAAGCUCCCAUAUCGACUACUGCCCCAUAUGUCGAUAUGAGUGGCAUAAAUAAGAUCAAUCGCAAUAACAAUAAUAAUAUAAUCACUGCCAACCACAAUCAUAGCCACAUGCAUAUAUCAUCGCUAACUUUCGCUCAUAAACCUGUAAUAACAACUUUAAAGCCGGUAGAAGAAGCGGAGGGACCUUAUAUGAAAAUGGACGGUACGAUAGAAAUAGAUUGGACGCAUUCGGAAGCGAGUCCGAAACAAUUGUCAUCGCCUAUUCAAGAGGAUACCUAUCAAACAAAUGGGCCACCAGGUAGCACAAGAACAGCACCUGUAGAUCUUCCGCAACCAAGGCGUCCUCCGGAGGGCUACGUCGAGAUGUCUUUUAAAGCGCGGCCGAGUUUAGAACAAGACUACAUAAAUAUGAGUAUGGGUGGGAACAAUCGAAACAAUCGUAAAACACGAACGGGCAAUCGCAAGGAAAAAUCGCGAUCGCAACCAAUCGCGAUUCAGGCUGGCAGUAAGCCAUCUAAAACUCCAAAUUUUCUACCUUUGAACGGAAGUCCGACAUCCGAGAGUUUAGCGAGCACGCCCGCCUCUCCGCCGCGAGCAACACCAACGGGUUCAUCGGCUACGAUUUUCCCCUUUUCUCUGAACAGUCCUCAGUCACCUGUAAAACCUUUCACGAAAAAAAACGAUGAGUUUCCCACGACAGAAGGAGAAAGUUUUUCUAACCAAAAUAAAAACAAUGAAUACGCGGUGAUGGAACCCGCAAAUACGGUUUACACGUCGUGUUCUACCCCAUUGACGGAGACGAUAUCCUCGUCGAAGGCGAAUAGCGAGAAGCCACCUAGUCCUGUAGAGAAGAAUGUUCGAGCUAUAUUAAAGUCUUCGUCAUCGCAAGAACACGGUAAGCCCAUUAACGUAAUAACGAAAAAACUGUCGGAUUUAACGGUGUCGAAACCGCGUCUCGUUACGGCCUCGCCGAACACCAGUCCUACCCUUACGGGUUUCAAGCCGUCGACCGCGCAACAGCCGAAGCCAUCUUCGCCAAAAUUCAUCGACGAGACUCCCACGCCUACGCCCACAUCUACACCCACGCCCACGCCAAGUCCGUUGGACAGCGAGGGCUACGAGAAGCUUCAACCGGGCUCGACAAUACUGCAUUACGCUAGUCUCGAUCUGCCGGAGGUCGAUAAUCCAGCGCCCGUGUCGCCGGCGUCCACGCAGGAGAAUUUCACCUACGCCGAGAUCGACUUCGCGAAACUCAAGCAGACCUAAAAUAUGCGCUAUCCUGAAUGCGUAUAUUUUGCCGCCCCCGUGUCGCGUACAAGUUGUGCGUGACGGGGUGGUUUGGCUGACGCCUCUUGUGUUCCCCACGAUAGCAACGAGUAGGCAGGGUAUAAUCGAUCGUUCUGACAUUGGCUCUGCUGGUCUAACGAACAAGGCGCCGGGUAGGAAACUGUAUAUAUAAUUCAUUUCUUUUUCUCUCCAGCCUAGUGGCAUUAUACCGCUCGCCGAUCUUUCUCAUGUAAUAGAUUGGCAGCCUAUUUUAAAUUGUUUGAGAAAUAAGCAUCGUUGGUACCUAUAGUUCUGGUUGUACUGCAUUAAUAUCGUAUUUUAUCGGAAUGAUGUGAAAUUUUUUAAUAUAGGCGAAAUACACUUUUUUCUCGCUGAUUCCGAAGAGAGUCCUCAAAUCUGUCCACAUGUAUGCUAUUUCUAAUAUUAAACGAUCGGUAAUUUAACGGAAAAGAGCAAACUACGAAAACGUUAUCUUUUAUUUUUAGUUAAAAUAAUGUAUUUGUGUAAUUGGGAUUAGUAGAAGGAAUUUUUUUGAUAUUAGAAUAUCAUCUAGUUAAAUGAGAGUCGCUUGUAAAAAUGUAUAAAUCUUUUAAAUUUUAAUUUUGUUAGUGGAUUUGCGUGUUAUCUCUAUCAAAAUUUGUUUUGUUUUGUAUUAUAUUUCCAGAUGCUGACAAGCCAAAUAUGUAUAAGUCAAUUCUUUUGAGAUAUAUAUAGAUAUAUACAC